AUGGCCCUCGAGGAUGACAUCAGAGCACCAACCAAGUUCUAUCAAGAGGAUAUCGUACAACGAAUAAGUUCGCCGAACCAGACUGGCAUAGUUCUGAGAUGUUGGCACGACGCGGAGGACCUACCACCAUCCCAUGAUCACGGUGACCCACUCAUGCGCCCGCUUGAGCGUGGAGAAGUCGGCGUUUCCUUCUUUCCUAGCGGUAUCCGCGACAUUCUCCCUGAAACAGAAUUCACUCUUGUCGACCGGAUGUUUCAACCAGGAGACCUAUGCAAGAGAAGCAUCGACGACGUCCGGUCGGGGGUUGUUACAAGUGUAGAGGUCAAGGGUCGUUUGGAGCACGCGAUCAGCGGUGUGCCCGUGCCAGGAUGGAAGAGUAUGGCGGACGUUGAGAGCCCGUCAGAUGUCGAUGCAGGGGACUAUGUAGCGUAUGACAACUGGAUUGGCCAGGUAGUUGAGCUCUUUGAUGAAGCUACUGUUGAUGUGUCAAAUGGCCAGUUGGUCCGAUUGCCAGAACUCAGCUCGCGUCUCACAGUGGGCGAGAAAGGGAGCGAUAUUAUACCGCUCCCCAACAGCGUUACAAACCUUUUCGGGCUCUUCUCAAGACCUUCAAGGAACACCGAUACAGUUGUAGAAGUCAAGCACAGCGUGCUAGCCAUCUCGUGGCUAGCCAUCAACCAAACUUUGCCAGCGGAGGAAGCUGCCGGAAUUUCUCGUCCAGACCGCUUCUGGUAUGGAGUAAAUCUUGCUAAGCUCAAACUUGUGCGAAAACGGGCGGAACAAAUGAUGCGGGUCGGCGACAAAGUGAUUCUGAAGAAUACGGAUGGUCUUCCGUUUACACGACACGGAAAGGAGGGGGACAUUUGCGGCUCCAUCGAGGUUCGUGUUUAUGUUGUAAAGUCGACACAGACUACAGUGGAGGUCCUCUGGCAAGACGGAUCAAAAGAUGUGGUGUUAUCAACGGAUCUCAUUCCCUAUCUUAACCCGGAUGAAUAUGAUACCUGGCCUGGAGAUCAUGUAAUUUGGAAGAGUGAGGAUGAGAAGCGUGCAGCGGUUGUUCAGUCCGUCAAUGCGGUGGAUCGGACUGCUUCUGUCCGCUACAGCGACAUAGGCAAUGUAGAACUGGUGUCACUCCUUGAGUUAGAUCCUCACGGAACCAGCGAUUGGUCGGCGGCUACCCCCGCGCCUUUCGACGGUCUAGGCGUGCGUCGAGGGGAUUUCGUGUUCAUUCACUCCGAAGGGUUGCACAAUGGCUUAGAAGCUCCCAGAAUACCACGAAUAGGUGAAAUUGAACCGUGGGUGAGAGAGCCCCCGAUAGUCCACGGGAAUGGCACGUACGGAGGAUGGCGCAAGUUAAUGGGCGAUAUCGGAAUGGAUAUUGCACGCCGCCGAGAACAAGAGCGACUCACCGAGGGUCGAAUUUGCAGACCCGAUGAUCGUUCUUUUGAUUGGUUCGGGGAAGUUUCCGAUUUGCGAUUAGACGGGAGAGUUGAAGUUACAUAUCCCAGUGGAUCAAGAGAUAUCUUUCCGCUCGAGCGCCUAACAAAAUUGUACGAUACGAUCGAGCAGUUAGAGGAUCUAUGGGGGGACGAUAUGUCAACGCAAGAAGAGCUUGACCACGAUCACAUUCAUGCCGAUGAAGAGGUAUGGCAUAUGGACGAAGACGGAAAUUGGCAAUCACAUUCUUCGCCGGACGGUGAUGAGGGCGAUUGGGAAGAAACGGACGAGGACGAACCUAUGGAGGUGGAUGAAGACACUUGGGCGGAACCAACUGCCGACCCCGAUCCGGACGAUGUCCAUGCGAGAUGGUGGGCUGACGUGGUCGCCAAUAUAGCCAGUAACGCCCCAUUAGCCAACUCAGACUCUUCCACUGUUUCUCAAGUUCCAUCGUUAACUGUCCGUUCUUCUUCGCCCGACGUGCCGAAAGAUGCAGUGGAGGAAAAAUACGAUGCGGACAUGGGGGAGAAGAGUGGUUCCGAUGAUGCGCAUAUUCCGCAGAGGACUGACGCAGAAUCUUCUCCUUGGUCACGGUUUGAUGUUCUUCCACAGGCGCCCCAUGACCACGCAUUUUAUAGCACGACUCCAUCACAACCUUCAAGAAGUUUCCUGGCUCGCUUGCAGAAGGAAUACCGAGCGCUGACAAGCAGUUUGCCUGAUUCCAUCGUUGUCAGAGCUUAUGAGGAUCGAUCAGACCUCCUUCGCUCUCUCAUCAUCGGCCCUGAAAAUACACCAUAUGAGGAUGCGCCUUUUGUGAUUGAUUGGAUGCUCGAUUCAAACUUCCCACAAAGCCCGCCGAUCGCUUAUUUCCUCAGUUGGACAAACGGAAAUGGCAGAGUCAAUCCAAACCUGUACGAAGAGGGUAAAGUAUGUUUAUCUAUCCUGGGGACGUGGGCGGGCGACAAGAGCGAAUCGUGGAGUCCUGCUCGAUCAUCUUUGCUUCAAGCCCUGGUGUCCAUACAGGGCCUCGUGCUCGUCAAGGAACCAUGGUUUUGUGAGCCCGCGUAUGACAAGCUGAGGGGGACUCAAGAAGGCAUUGUCAACAGUCGUCUGUACAACGAGAAAGCAUAUGUCCUAUCUCGCGGGUUCGUCAGACGUGCUCUCGAAAUUCCUCUAGGGUCUCUGGAGGCAGAGAUCAAUUGGUUCUAUCGCAAGCAAGGCCGUUUGCAGAAGGUCCUCGAAGAUUCACGCUUGCUCAUUGAGAAGAGCCGUGCAUCACCUAUUGGAGAAGCUGAUGCAGACGUUGAUCGGGACCUGGCAGUGCCACGAUUGACAGCGGGGGGUAUCAUCACCCUAGAACGGAUACUGGCGAAACUGGAAGCUUUACAGAGUUCAUAG